AUGCCCAUUGAUAUUCUGAAGACGCUCCUCCAGGUUGACGCUAGCAUCGCGCAGCUCGCCACCAACGUCCUUGAGCUUGGCCCAAAGAAUAGGAGCGCCGUCGCCGCCAAAGAGCAUGUUCAGUGUAAGAUAGAGGCACCCAUAUCGUUAUUGUUCUCUCAUCCAGACAGCGUCCUGUCCGUCUGUUCAAGGACGCUCACACCGGACCUCAGCUAA